AUGGGCAGAGGCGGAGUGAUAUAUCUCAGCUACACAGCUCUUAUCCUGCUCUCCCGAGCACCGAGCAGUGCCGGGGCCGCCGACCUAUGCGCCUUCUGCAACCUCUGGACGGUCGAUAUCGACGAGAGUCCAGCGCCUUCACCUGAAGACGGACCACCAUUUUCGGCUCACGCAAUACGGAAUAAAGCUCUGCUACCUUACGAGAUCAUUGGCAUAGUCGGCGCAUACAUCGUCACGGUCCUGAUACUAGGCACCUUCCUGCUCACAGUCGGCCGAUCAUUACGAAGACGAGCGCACGACAUGGCGGCCAGGCCGACGGAGAUGGUGAAGCCGAUGGGUAAGGCAUUCGAUCCUUCGCCUAUCAGUCCAAAUAGUGCGAGAGGGUGGUUGAGGAAGAAGAAGAGUGCGACCUCCAGUAUACGCAGUGGGCAAAGCAAUGUCCGGUCGCCGGGUCUGGACAGUGUGGUUAGCUUCGACAAUGGUGUGGUGGAGGCUGAUAGGCAGCGAAGACAAGAUGAGAUGGAGAGGUUGUACGCGGCUGUCAUGGCUCAUGAUGAGCGCAAGUCGCAGCAGCCGGCUGUCACUAUCAGCACAGAUGACAGCAUGGCGGCGCCACCAGAGUACUCGCAGAGGAAGCCGCCCAGGCUCGUCACGGAUGAUCCUCGUCUAAGACAUCUACAGACCUCCGAGCUGAGCCCUCGAAGUCCCGGCACGCCAAAGAGUCCAAUCAGAGCGAUAUAUCCUCCAGACUCGAAUGUGCCACCAAUGCCUCAGUCACCCACAAGUCCCAUCAAGGCAGGCUACCCGAACAUGUCAACGCCAUUAUCGCCACAAUUUCCGAUUCUGGACCAGGGCGAUCUCCGAAUCAACCGAAAGAGUCGCUCGGACUCGCUAGGCAGUCGCCGAACAGUGACGUCCGACUCUGGAAGCUCAGGUGGCAAACGAUUACGGAAGACACUGCGCAACAUCAAGAUCAGCGCGCCGCUACACGUAGACGACAACAGCGAUGGCGCACGAACACCACUUUCGCCACGUUUCUACACCGAUCCCGGCGUGCCGCCUGAGCCACCAACCGCUCGGACAACAGAAACGAUGGACAGUCAUGCACCAACCACACCAGGCACAGCACAAAGCUGGCGAUACCCAGACGAGCGAGACCACGAAGAACUCGAUCAAGUUCGGGACCUCCCCCUCGCCCAUCCCAACCGCCUAAGCACCUACAACUAUGCCUCCGAAGCCCAAGCACUGACCGACGUCGCCUCCACACGCCCCGACCCCACAGGAUCCAUACAAGAGAGACAAGCAGGCGCCGCGAGCAACACCGCCCGACCCCUCCCCUUCCGCCAGCUCCAGAACCAAACCCAGACUCAAUCCCAGACCCAAACCCAGCCCCUCAAAUCGCCUCAACUGCAAGCCUACCAACAGAUGUACCCCCUCUCCCCUUUGAACACCCACCACAGCCGCCUCAACAUCCCCUACAGCGCCGGCCCAGGCCAAACCCAAUUCGUGUCGCCACGCCGGGAUCACUUCGGUGCACCGAGGACUGGGAUGGCGACACCUUAUUCGCCCUACAUGCCUUUCACGCCGCUCACCCCUGUGACGCCGCACCUUGCUAGUCGUGCUGAGAGGAAGCAGAGGUUGCGGGAGGAGGGAAAGGCGAGGGGGGUCAUUACGGAGGAGGAUGCUGUGAGGGAUGAGGGGGAGCUUUGGAGUAGUGGAUAUUAG